AUGAAAUUGCGCAGCCAAUCCUACCGCGAAAUGGUUAAAAUACUCAAAGACGCUGGUGUCUAUGUGGAAGGAAUGCAAACUUCAGAGCUUAAGCAGCUUUUGCAGACCGAAGGCGAGCUGGAGGUUAAUUCAUCGCACCCCGUGGAGGUCCACCAAUCGACUACCGACAUGCUGCCGUCUGUGCUGACGCCUCGUUUCUCGCUUGCGCCCAUGGCUGGUGAUGUGGGUGUGGAUGUCUCUCAGCCUGGUUGCGAUAGUCCUUCCAGUGAGCCCCUUCUGCUGACUGUUCGUGCAGUUGUACAUCAUGCCCUUGAGUGGAGCCCCUCGGCCGAGCGUCAGACUGUACGCGAGCGCAGUGCAGACGGGAACAGCCGCGUACUCCGCAUUCGCCUCGCAUUCAAGCGUGUCCAAACCAACAACAAAAACAAUACCUACAGUAGCAACGAUCAUUCAUCCCCAUCCACUUAA